AUGGGUUUUGUGCUUCUUGAAUUUGCGCUUCAAUGCUUUACUCUACUUGCAUGGCCUCUCCUUGCUUGGGUGUAUCCUCUAUGUUGUUCCGUUAGGGCGAUUGAGAACAAUUCCAUUUCAGAUACUCAGAUGUUAAAUACUUAUUGGCUUGUCCUCUCAUUGAUUUUGCUCUUCGAACAUGCUUUCUUGAAGCUCCUUGAAUGGCUCCUGCUGUGGCAAUACAUUAGGAUAAUGAUUGUCUACUGGUUGGUGAUACCUCAUUUUGAUGGUGCUGUUUAUGUCUAUAAACACUUUAUCUGUCCAUGCCUCACCAUGGAUCCCCAAAUUGUUAUCAACUGGUUCAACAAGCGGAGGAAUGAGUCGUCGUGUAUCAGAGAAAGCUUUCUUGCUGAGCUCGAGAGAUAUAUGCAGGAGAAUGGACCUGAAGCUCUGGAAAGAAUUGUUGCUUGCAAGGUUAUCCAGGCAAAGCAUAAUCUGACUGGGACUGGAAACAUCAAAUUUGCCGCUAUGGAGAUUAAAGAAAAAGCCAUUGAGGUUGUAGCAGAUAGAAAUAUUCUGAAGACUCCACCUUUGAAUGGAGUCCAGAAGGGGUGGACUUUUAAUUCCGACCUAGACAGUAAAAACCUCAAGAAUGCAAUUGAGGCACCGAAAGCAAGGAACCAGGCUGAGCCUAGGCUCACUCAGAUUGGAAACGGUGCUCUUGCAGCGGUGGAGGCUAGUGUAAACCCUGUUGAGAUCGCAACAGGCAGAGAGCUUAUUGAGUCUUCCCAAAAUGUCCCGAAAGAGUGGAUUCGUGCUCUUGAGGUAACAAUUCCAAGUAAAACAACUUUGAAUUCCAACCUAAUAAGAAUCCACAAGGCAGCACAUGAGGCACUGAAUGCAAAGAGGCAGGCAUAUGUCCCCAAAAUGGCCCUAGCGAAAUCUGAUAAGCAUGAGGAGCCAGGAAAAAGUAUACCGAGCAUUGUAUCAAAACCCAAGGUUAUCAUCAAUCGAGAGGUGCAAGCAGGGGAGCCAGAAAACAGUAUACCGAGCAGUGGAUCAAAACCGAAGUGGAUAAUCAAUCGAAAGAUUCAAGCUGAGGAGCCAGAAAACAGUAUACCCAGCAGUGGAGUUAAACCCAAGGUUAUUAUCAAUCGAAAGGUGCAAGCAGGGGAGACAGAUCAAAGUAUACCGAGCAGUGGAUCAAAACCCAAGAUUAUUAUCAAUCGCAAUGUGCAAGCAGAGGAGCCAGAAAACAGCACAAGCAGAGGAGCCAGAAAACAGUAUACUGAGCAGUGGAUCAAGACCCAAGUGGAUUAUCAAAAGAAAGUGCAUGCAGAUGAGCCAGAAAGCAGUUUACCGAGCAGUGGAUCAAAACCCAAGUGGAUUAUGGGUCGAAAGGGGCAUGCAGAUGAGCCAGAAAACACUGUACCGGGCUGUGGAUCAAAACCGAAGGUGAUUAUCAAUCGAAAGGUGCAAGCAGCUGAGGAGCCAUCAGAGGGUAUAUCCAGCAAUGAAGUGAAAAGGAAACUUAUAAUAACUCUCAAGGGAAAGGUGCAAGGCCAGCAACAGAACCCAAAUGAAGCUCCAAGGAUGAAGGAUCAUCGUGUGUGGUGCAAAACUUGUAAUGUGCACUUCCCUGGUGAGAUUGACUUGGCAUCUCAUCUCAGUGGAAGGAAGCAUAAGGAAAAUGUGCUAGAACAACACAAGGCAAAUAGUAGUCUAAGGAUGAAUGGUCCCCCUCUGUGGUGCAAGAUUUGUGAUGUAGGCUGCUGUACUGAGUUUGACAUGGUAUCGCAUCGUAAUGGAAGGAGGCACUUGCAUCGUUUAUCGACUGGAAUAAUAUAG